UGCGUGUCCGUGGUCUCUGCUGACAUAUAUUUUUGUGAUGUACUUACAGGUUUUUUGUAAAGUUCUUUGUUUCACCGGUCGCUGAAUAUGACAUCGUACAAGACAGUUGAACACCUUUCGAAAGUGUACAACUAAUGUUAUACGGAUUUCUACAUGAUAAUUGUUGUUUUUAAAGGAUUCUAAAAUUAAGUCACAUAUAUUAAUAUAUAUAUUUACCGUGUCUGUACAUUGUUCAUCAACGCAGCAUACGUAGUCACAGACUGAAAAGGAUAAUAUAACGAAGAUUACCAGUAUUUCUUCUUGGGAAGGUUUUAAAACAGAGAGAAGCUGAAUGCAGCCAUGGUGCUAAUCUUAGGAAGACGACUAAACAGAGAGGACUUAGGGGUACGUGAUUCACCUGUCACUAAACGCAAGAUCUUUGAGGUGGAUCCAAAAUCACUCAUGAAUCAUGAUGCCUAUGAUUUUUGCUCAGGAUCAUCCCACGCUGAAGGCAUUUUGCAGGUUCUUAAUGAAUUUCGUGAUAGCCGUCUUUUUACUGAUGUGAUUAUUUGUGUUGAGGGGCGGGAGUUUCCAUGCCAUCGUGCUGUCCUGUCUGCUUGUAGCAGCUAUUUCCGGGCCAUGUUCUGUAACGACCAUCGCGAAAGCCGUGAAAUGUUGGUAGAGAUAAAUGGCAUUUUAGCUGAAGCUAUGGACAGCUUUCUACAGUAUGUCUACACUGGCAAAGCCAAAAUUACAACAGAGAAUGUGCAGUUCCUUUUUGAGACAUCCAGCCUUUUUCAAAUAGGGACAUUACGUGAUGCCUGUGCCAAAUUCUUGGAAGACCAGCUGGAUCCUUGUAACUGUCUAGGCAUUCAGCGUUUUGCCGACACUCACUCACUAAAGAAUCUAGCCAGUCGCUGUCGGAGCUAUGCCCUUCAGAACUUUGCCGAUGUGGCCCAGCAUGAAGAGUUCCUGGAGCUGCGAAAAGAUGAACUCAUUGAGCACAUCUCCAGUGAUGAGUUGGUUAUCAGCAAGGAGGAGAUGGUCUUUGAAGCAGUUUUGCGAUGGGUCUACCAUUUAAUUGAAUUGAGGAAACCUCUGCUCAAAGAGCUACUUAUGCAUGUCAGGAUGCCACUGCUUCAUCCAAAUUACUUUGUUCAAACUGUUGAGGGAGACCAGCUUAUUCAGACCUCCCCUGAAUGCUAUCAUCUGUUACACGAAGCAAGGCGUUACCAUGUACUUGGCAAUGAGAUGAUGUCCCCCAGGACAAGGCCACGCAGAUCCACAGGCUUUUCCGAGGUGAUUGUAGUGGUUGGAGGCUGUGAGAGAGUCGGUGGGUUUAACCUCCCUUACACUGAAUGCUACGACCCAGUAACCGGGGAAUGGAAGUCCUUGGCUAAACUUCCAGAAUUCACCAAAUCUGAAUAUGCUGUGUGCGCUCUUAGAAAUGACAUACUUGUCUCAGGUGGGCGUAUCAACAGUCGAGAUGUUUGGAUGUACAAUUCGCAGCUCAAUAUCUGGAUUCGGGUGGCUUCCCUGAACAAAGGAAGAUGGCGUCAUAAAAUGGCCGUUCUUCUAGGCAAGGUUUAUGUGGUUGGAGGUUAUGAUGGUCAGAACCGUUUGAGCAGCGUUGAAUGCUACGAUUCGUUCUCAAAUCGCUGGACAGAGGUGGCUCCUCUGAAGGAAGCUGUGAGUUCUCCUGCUGUGGCCAGCUGUGUCAACAAACUUUUUGUAAUUGGAGGAGGGCCGGAUGACAACACUUGCUCUGACAAGGUUCAAUGUUAUGAUCCAGAAACUAACUCAUGGCUGCUUCGUGCUAACAUACCAAUUGCAAAACGAUGCAUCACAGCGGUCUCUUUGAAUAAUCUCAUCUACGUAUCUGGAGGACUCACCAAGUCUAUCUAUUGCUAUGACCCAAUAGAAGACUAUUGGAUGCAAGUUGUGAACACCUUCACCAAACAGGAAAGCUGUGGCAUGUCUAUUUGCAAUGGAAAAAUUUACAUUUUAGGAGGAAGGGGUGAGACUGGAGAAGCAACGGACACCAUUCUGUGUUACGACCCAGCUUCAGGAAUUAUAACUGGCAUGGCGGCAAUGCCCCGGCCCAUCUCUUAUCAUGGUUGUGUAACCAUCCACCGUUACAAUGAAAAAUACUUCAGAUCCUGAACACGAUAAAAAGUACUUGUAAAUUUUUCAUUAACAAA